GCCUUCGUAUGAGCCGUGUGUCGCUGUCGUCCUCCGCCCCCGCGCCCCGCAUUCGUUUCGCCCGCAUUCUAGUCGUGGGUGUCGCGCCGUGCAGUCCUCGCGUGUGCCGCUGAACUUAGUGCGCCUGUUGUGAGUGCUUUAGUUCCCGCUCAAGUGUCAGUGUGACGGAGAAAUCAGAUUUCUGCCACGGAGGAUGUUAACAGCGUACGAUAGCUGUUGACGUCCGUAGAAGCAGCCAGCCGCCCGGCCACUGUCGUUCUCCCCCCGCUCCUCAAACCCUCUCCAAGAUUGCUGCCACCAUGGGUCGGAAGAAAAUACAAAUAUCACGGAUCACGGAUGAACGGAAUCGACAGGUGACUUUCAACAAACGCAAAUUCGGAGUGAUGAAGAAGGCGUACGAGCUGAGCGUCCUUUGUGAUUGUGAAAUUGCUCUUAUUAUCUUCAGCUCCAACAACAAACUCUACCAAUAUGCGAGCACGGAUAUGGAUAAGGUGUUACUGAAAUACACGGAAUACAACGAACCGCACGAGUCCCUGACCAACCGCAACAUAAUCGAGGCACUAACAAAGAAAGAGCAUAAGAACGGAGUGAUGUCGCCUGACAGCCCUGAAGCAGAACCGGAAUAUAACCUGACACCACGGACCGAGGCAAAGUAUUCAAAGAUUGACGAGGAAUUCCAAAUGAUGAUGCAGCGAAACCAAUUGAACGGCAGCAGAGUCGGAGUCGGCGUUACCGGGAGCAACUACAACUUACCUGUCAGCGUGCCAGUCGGGAAUUAUGAACAGUCACUCUUGCAAGCCAGCCCACAGAUGCACUCCUCUAUCAGUCCACGGCCAUCGUCUUCAGAAACCGAUUCAGUUUACCCAAGCGGCGGAAUGCUAGAGAUGUCAAACGGUUACCCAGGAGCCGGCUCGCCACUUGGCGCGGGCUGUACACCUUCGCCGUCCCCCGGACCCUCUCCUUCUCCACACCGACAUCCGCACAAGCCACACUCACAUGCACCACCGCCGCACCAUUCGCCCCGUCACAACAACCUGCGCGUCGUCAUACCCAGCUCCAUGCCACCACCGCAAGACGAUAUAUCUUACACUGGAGAACAUCAUCUGUUCCAGACACCACUGAGCUACUCAGGACUUGGCAACUUUGGCGGACCACAGGACUUCAGCCUGAGUUCGGAUAUGGGCAUUGGACUGACGUGGGGCGCGCAUCAGCUGCAGACCCUACAACACAACAGGUACAUAAGCAGCCUGCCAGUGCUUGGCGGAGGUACACCACCGCCCGCUGCAUCGCCUAGCAACGUGAAAAUAAAAGCUGAGCCCGUGUCGCCUCCGCGUGCGCCUGACCACAUGCAUCGUGCGCCCGCGCCGCAGCCCGCGCAUUUGUCCGGAGGCAUUGAUGGAUCAGUCACAUCAAGUAACAUGGGGUCGCCAGCCGGGCAAGAUAUGAGGCACGCCAACACCGUCCCACUAGACUACGAGCAGCCUCAUACAAAACGGCCGCGGAUCGAAGGUUGGGCCACAUAGCUAGGCUAUGAGGCCUUCGGUUCUUAUCCGAGGCCCCUCCACCCGCACUGCUAAACGGCCCAGGCUAGGCCCAGGGCCACGCACCUCCUAGCCCAACAAACGUGGCUGCAAAUCCUCCAUCGAGCUUUCGGUACUAUACCGUCCUGGUCUACACAAAAUGCUCUUUUCCUCAAAUGGAUUAUACAACUAAUCAGAGAAAAAUUCGAAAUAUGUUAAAAUGGUGCGGUUAUAUUGAAAUAUACAUUUGUUAUUGGAAUCAUUGGAGUGAUCAGUCCUAUGGAAAAGGGCAGAUUAGUACUACGCUGUCUUCAAACCUUCGUUUCCCGUAGAUGUUGAUGUUGAUUAAUUGUUCAUAUUCACAACCCUUCUAUGAUACGUAAUUAUUAAUGUAAUGCACAUGCAAGUACACUAAAGAGUAAGGAUUAAUGUUUAAAUUAAGUACAACUAUGUGUUGUAGAUGCAACCCUGAUCAAUUUUAAACUUUAAACGUAUAUAGAUAGAAUUCAAUUACCCUUGUAAAUAGCGACAUUAUAUGUGCAAUCCGUGCCAUUAUCUGUUUAGCUUAUAGUCAAUUAGUUAUAGUGGAAACAAAUUCUGAAGUUCGGUGCGUGAACUAUUACGAGCAGCCAGAGGGAGAAGUGUGCGCGAAAAAGAGACCACAGUAUUGUGCGAGUGCGUUGAGAACUAAACCGACUGUUGACUUUGUGUUAGUGUUUUAAAGUUUUUUUGUGCCAUUUUAAAAUAUCAUUAGUGCGACAUCCGAACUUUGAAUCUUUGUAAAUUAAUUAAGCGUAGCGUCAUCACAGGAGAUAAUAAGUUAUGUAUUGGAAAAUGUACUUUAUCUAUUGACAUAUUUAUACAUGAGAAUCAUAAUGAUAUUUACAUAAUAUGUAUACACGUCCCGUUAGGAACGAAUGUUAUGUAAUGUAAGUAGGUAAAGUUAGGUAGAGAUGACUAUAUAAAGGUACCACACGAAGCUUUAAAAUUCUUAUGAUAACACUCGCACUCUAAGCAGUCAUGUAAGUAAACACGAUUCUAUUUAUACAAACUUAGAACUCCUAAUAAAAUUUAAAAACAAUCACUUUGAAUUUAUCAAUUUUUUUAUGAAUUAAAAUUGAAAUAUAACAAAAAAAAAUUAAAUCAAAUUAAUUUCUUUAUUUAGAACGUACGGGAGUGUCUAAUUUUCAGACCAAAAACAAAGUCAAUUUUUAAUAUCAUUGUAAAACCGUACUUCUAAAGUACCCGUGUUAGUGUUAUAUAUUAGUGGCUAUUAUUGGUUGCUAUUGAAAAAUGAAGCUUGUUGUUAGUAAAAAAAUAUUUUGUUAAUGUGAUCUGAAGUGUUACAUUCAAAAAUCAUAUUUUAAAUAGUCUUCGAUACACACUGUGUCACACACAUGUUAAUGAUUGUUAGCUUUAUUCAAACACAGAAAUAUAUUUAUCACUAAAUCAUACAUAUUUUCGUAAAGCACUAUUAAGUCACAAGCCACCCUAUUUUUAGAUCAUGUUAUAUAAACGUAAUAAACAAAACGUAUUUCCUCAUUAUAAUAUUGUUGUUACCUAGAUAUCCAAAACGACCACGUAAUACUUAAUUGUUCAAAUAUUUCGAAUGUAUUCUACUUUUAUAUCACAAUCUAAUACUUGAAUUUGAAGAAUGUUCAUCGAACACAAGUUCUCAUUACGAAUGAUUAACCCUCUUAAAUUCUCGUGUUAGAUACUUCCUCAUAUCUCCUCACUGUAGUUGCCUUACUCACAGUGCCUAAAUGUACCAUAUUUUACCAAAUUUGUAUCGUACUAUACGUUUUGUGCAUCGAUUUUUUCACAUCCUUAUAUUUUUAAGUAUUUACAAUAUAUAUUAAUAUAUACAUAUAUAUAUAAAUGUUAAUAAUUGCAAUUGAAAAACUAAUUUCAUUUGCAUACAUAACUAUGUGUUUGGACAUGUUUAAUUGAUUAUCAUUGUACAAAAUGUAAAGAAAUAUUUAGUGUUAGAAUAAUAGAUGGAAAUGUAUAAUCGCCAACUGUAUUUGAUCGUUAGUUAAAAUAUUAUUAACAAUUUCAAUGUUACUGUUAAAAUGUAGCAACUAUUAAAUAAAUCGAAGAAAUUGCUUAAUUCUUCAAAUCACAGUAACAAAAUGUUAAUGUAUAUUUGUUAAAAAUUGUACAGGGAAGUACUCAUUUUGAAGUUCAAAAGUCUGAACGAAUAAUAAUUGUAUUUUCGCAUUGUAAAAUAUUAUACACAACUAGAUGUAAUACGAAUAAAUAUUUUAUUACCGGAGCAUAAUAAAUGUUGGCCCUUGUUUGAGGGAGUAUAAGAGUACACCGUAAUAUAAUGCUUAGUCUAAAAUUGUUAAUGUGAUAUCAAUACACUGCACUGUUACAAAUAUCGUGUUUCAAAUUCUAAAAUUUCGUUAUAUCCAUAUGUGAUCGUUUUCGAUCGUUCGUUCCUAAUUGUUCCUUUCAAUGAAAAGUUCGAGUGCUUUAUUUGUUGAAAUUUGCUCAACCGUUAACAUUUGGCCAUUAACACGUACUUCAAGAAUUGAAUCAUAUUCUGUUAAUCUUACUAAGGUCGCGACUUCUUUAUUGAUUUCUCAAAUCGAUCAAUAUUCUUUACUAUUUGAACAAAGUUGAAUCAAAUAGCGAACAAGAUAUGAGAAAAUCAAAUGUUGAAAUGAGAAAUCAUUCAAAGACUUGCAACUCCAUUCCCCCAUAGAUUGCUUAGUGAAUUAGAUACAAUAAACGUUGUUACCUACAUACCUAUCACAAUUGUUUGCACUGAUCAUGUUGUAAAACAACACUUAUGUAUAAAAUUCAGUAAAAAUGUUUUAAAUAUUUUUCGUGUAGUAGACUUAGGGACAAUACUUUGUUUGUCUGUUUAUGUGAGUCGUUCACUUAUUAUAAUAAUGUCUGAUAAGAGAUAACUAUGUCGAUUGCACUUUACGUAACUUAUCGACUUUCUUGUAUAAAAAUAUAUCAUCAGUAAGCUGGUAUUGGGAGCAUUAUUUCCGAGGUUGUGAGCUUUGCUAUCGGGAAUGAUAUCACUUUAUAAUUAAUAUUUAAAUAUAAUAUUCAUUUCGCGCACAACCGUGUUGUGUGUUAUUGUAAAAAGUGUUUGCAUUGUUUUGUUUUGUAGACGUAUCUACUUUGUGUAUGUUUUUACCUGUAUUUAUCUAGCUGUGUCACAAUAGCAAAGAGUCACUUCAGUUUUACAUUAUUGCAUUUAAAUGUUGUAGUCAUAAGCAUAUAGUAUCCGAAAUCAGAUUAGAUUUCGACGUAGUACAUAAUAGUCCUCGUUAACUUCCCCUUUUUGCUAUUGCCUCACAGCAGUCGUGGACAACCCAGAUAGAUUAUUGGUAUAUGAAUACAUAUCCUUAUUGAAUACUCAAGUCGAUUUCACACUUAUUUCUCUUGUAACAACAGUUGUGCAAUACAUAAUGUAACAAAUCGCUUAGGUAGGUAUUAGGUAUAUUUUUGUUUGAAUUUACAAGAAGGUAAUGCAAAAUCUGUUGUAUUUUAUCGAUAUUUUUACUGAUAAUAAUGAGGAUACCUAAGAUUUUCUAAGGUGCCUCGUGGAAAUUUAAGUCAUAAUGUAUAAUUAUUUUUAAGAAGAGGCCGGGCCAAAUAUUGCAUUAAUUUAGGUCUUACAGCGCCUGUGUUUCUGCGCGGCAGCGCAAUCUGCCCUAUGUGUGAAUGAGUAACGAUAAUAACAUCUCAAUGGAUGAAUGGAAUAUUAAUUUUAAUGGACAGUGUUAGAAAAUUGUUAUAAAUUAUUUUGAUGACUGUUCGAAGGAUAAUAAAGAGUUGGAUGUCAA